CUAAACGCAAUAGCUGACGAUCGUGGAACAGUAAACGCGCUACAACGAGCGAGAAACAGAGGUGUAUGACAAGAUCUCCUUAUUCUGCGCCUGGACGUCCAAACCCAAAGUCAGAGUAAAACACAUUUAAAAAAGCAAGACAAAGGAAAGGGAGACCGUUUCAGUGCGUUUCAAGGAGGAUCGCUAACGGAUCACUUUGCAUAGGCAAACGCUCACCCUCACUUACUGUGAUCAAUGUUGUUAUAACUCAGCCGCCGCUUUCACACAGUUAAGUUGCUUUCAGAAGUUGGUGAAAGUUUUCAUCCUGGUGAGCAGAUAGUAGGACGGUGAUGUUACGUCCAUUAUGGGGUUUCUAAUGUGGAUGUAGAAUAGAAAUCUUGGAAGUCUCCGGAUGACCGACGCAUUUUGGAUGUUACCAUUCUUUGGGGCUAUUCUCUGAGAUUCCUUAGAGGCGGUUGCAAUCCCCAAAAAAAAGGAUUCCUCUCAGGUGGCACAUCUGCUAUGUUUGGAUGGAUUUGAUUUUACUAUAACCAAGUUAUCAAGAAAUUGUUGCGUUUUUUUGUGUUUUUUCUUUAUUAUUGUGUCUGAUCCAAACGACAGCUGAAAUUUUAGUACAACUGUACCACUCACCCUCGGAAUUACAAUCAUGAACAUUGGCAGUUUUGUACAAUUAUUAUUUGCAGCGCUGCUUCAGCUUCAUUUUUAUGCAGUUAAGACAGCCCACAUACCCAAGGACGGGGAGAAGAGUAAAAAUUAUGUGGUCCCGUUCAUGGACGUGUAUAACAAGAGCAUGUGUCGGACACGGGAGAUGCUGGUGGACAUCUUCCAGGAGUAUCCAGAUGAGAUUGAGCACACCUACAUCCCCUCGUGUGUGGUGCUCAUGCGCUGCGCCGGAUGCUGCAACGACGAGGCGCUCGAGUGUGUCACCACGGAAACAAAAAAUGUUACCAUGGAGGUAAUACAGGUGAAACAGAGAGUAUCGCAACAUCAUUUUCUGUUAAGUUUCACAGAACAUCGAAAGUGUGAAUGCAGACCAAAGCCAGAAGUUAAAGCAAAGAAAGAAAACCACUGUGAGCCUUGCUCAGAGAGAAGAAAGCGCUUGUUUGUGCAGGACCCUCUGACCUGUAAAUGCUCCUGUAAAUUCACACAAUUAGACUGCAAGUCCAGACAACUUGAGUUAAACGAAAGAACUUGCAGAUGUGACAAACCAAGGAGAUGAGGAGAGGGGGACAAUGAAAUGAAGGAAUAUUUUCUUGGCACGGCACUUUGAAACCUGAGGACGCAUUCCCUGGAUGGACUGAAAAUUACAAUGAAAGAAGGAGCAAGAGCGAACGAUGGAGAGAGACUGAGAUAACAACAUGCUGUUGUAUAUUUCUAAUAUAUAUUAUAUAUAUAUAUAUAUAUAUAUAUAUAUAUAUAUUCUAAAAGGACAAUGACAUUGUGUAUUGCUGCUAUAAAAAAAAUGAGACAUUAUAAAGUGAACGAAUGCGCCACUGUCUGGCGUGUGAAUUGGACAAAUUGUUUAGUUGCCAGGGUGUUUGGGCCUGCACGUGGAUAGGACUGAGUUUUUGUCAGAAUACAUUUUAUUUUAUGUAACACUUCACUGGAUGUUGGUCUGCUGUGGAUAUGAGUAUCUUAAAUAUAUCUAUAUAAAAAACUAAGAGAAAUAGUGACCAUAACUUCACUGAGAGGUACAACGGGAACAUGUUUCUCCUCAGGCCUCUGAAGGUCUAGAGAACUGUCAGAAAGCAGAACUACUUCCUCUAUGGGGUUAUGUUUUUGUCACUGCUGUAUCUACUGAUACCAGAUAGGACUCGGUGUGAGAAUAAUUCUAAAGGGAUAUUAAACGUAGGUAUGCAUGGAGACGAGAGAAUACUGAACUUGAUUCCGUCUUCCGCUUAGGAACAGUGGCAUUCAACUCACCACUGUCAAAAUCAAUAAUCUCUAUUUGCUUUGUUUGUCUUCAUUUGUUUUCCAAAGAAAUAAUUGCACACACAUUAAAGAAUAGUCCAUUAUAGAAAAAAUAACGAUCUGUAUAUACUUACAUAAUAUCCCUUUGUCUAGUACAGUACAUCUAAUUUAUAAUGCUAGAAUAUUUUCAGUAUUCUGUGCAUUUAAUUUAUAUAUUUAUAUUCAGUGUUAUGGUUGAUAUUGAUUUUACUUCUUCACCUGGCAAUGUUAUCACCAAUCUGUUUGGCCAUGGAAAACAUGGAAAACUGUAGAUGUAUUUCUUUUAAAAAAGAACAGAAAGAUAAACUUCAACAUUCCUGAAAAUGAGAUACUGUAUGAUUUGUUGGGCUAGAGAGGCUGGUAGCAUGUGUCUUGACUUUGUUACAAACAAACCCUGCCACAAACAUGCUUGUGAAAAAGAUGCACAGCCAACGUUGCAGUUUCAGGCUGUUGUCGGACAUGUGUUUUUGCACUUGAGUGCCUGAAGACACGUCAUGAGGAGGACUGAGGGCGUCUCCCUGACCUUGGUCAGGUCAGCUUGGGAAAACUCCACACUGAGAGACUAAGACUCUGGCCAGCCCACUUUAGCCAGAACAGGACUUGGCCUAGUCGGGAACCAGGAGCAUUAGGAGACGAUGCUCUCUGCCCUUUGAUGAAAAAAGAAACAUUCUAUUUGUAUUUCUGUGUCAGAACUGCUUUUUUGUUUGUUGUAUCAUGUACAGACACAUUUGUAGUAUAUUUUCCCAUUAAUAUAUUUAUUGGUGCUGUAAAAUUAUCAGUUUUACAAUAGUAACAUAUUUUUUUGUUUUUAGUGUAACUAUUAACUAUAUUUAUUUAGAAAAUAUAUUGUUUUUUAUUAAACAGAAAAUGCAGUUCUC